AUGACGAUCGACAUAUUUGUAUUUGUAAUCGGUAUUCUUGUUACGGUCUCUUUCUAUUUGAUCCACGCAUGUUGCAGUAGGCAAGCCGAAAACGAAGUGGUUGGGGAGGAAUCUGCUGGAAACUAUGCCAUUAAUAUUGUGGAUAUUGAAGGACAACUGAGAAGAGGAGGAGUUAAUCCCCCAAUCCACAGGAUUGCGAUAAUUAUUGAUCGUGUUUAUGGCGGCGGUGGUGGUGAUGAUGAUGAUGAUGAUGAUGAAGUGGAGCAGGAGAAGGUUUUGACAAGAGUGGAUGGCCUCCCGGAGAUGAAUUACAAAAGUUGCUCCUCGUGGAAAUCUAAUAAUGAUUGUGCCAUAUGUUUGGAGGACUUUAAAGAUGACGAGACGUGUCAAGUUCUUCCACUGUGCAACCAUGCUUUCCAUUCUCAUUGUAUUUGUCAAUGGUUUCAAACAAGCAAGGCCCUUUCGUGUCCGAUUUGUCGUAGGCCCUAUGAUAAUUCAUUCAAUGCGUAA